AUGCAAGCUCUGAAGAAAAAAAAAAAACCUCUUUAGCAAUAAACACCAAACUGAGCAUGUGCAGAGUGUCUCUACACGAUAUGUCUUAUCAGGUGGUAAGAGGGGUAUGCUAGAAUAAGGGGGAGAAGUCAGGAUCAAACAGCCUUUUUACACAAUGCAGAGUAUUAACCCCUUAGGUUCCACAGUAAGUAUAUCAAGCAUGCUUUACUGCCAGGGGCGGACUGACAACUCACGGGGCCCCCGGGCAAUAGGGGAUCAUGGGGCCCCUGUGUCCUUGCCCAAACUCAAAAAAGCCUAU